AUGACCCAAUCACACGUCUCAGCAGAACGUGACAAGCGUCUCAAGAAAGAUGGCUUGGCACAGUAUGCCAAUUUUCGAGAACAGGAGUUGCGCAAUCUUGCUAAAGAUCCAUGGUUUCUUAUCACCGGCGCUGGUCUGAACGGUCUCCAUUACGCAGGCCGAUUGAUUGAGGCGGGAUUCAGCAGCAAAGACAUUGUCCUCGUUGACGUCGCCGGGAGAUUUGGUGGUACUUGGUACUGGAAUCGCUAUCCAGGACUGAUGUGCGAUGUUGAAGGCUACUGUUAUCUCCCCUUUCUCGAAGAAACAGGGUAUAUGCCGAAGCAUAAAUACUCCUAUGGUGCUGAGAUAAGGAAUCAGAUCGAGCGAGCUGCGUCCCAUUACGGAAUGUCAGGUCAAUUUUGUACAAAGGUCGACUCUCAAGUUUGGGAUGACGACCUGAAACACUGGACCGUAAGGAUGACGCGUACUACAGGAAAAACCCCAGAGUCAGAAAGCCUUACUGUAUACGCCGACUUCGUUUUCGUUGCCGCAGGAUUUCUUGCUUUUCCCAAGAUCCCAAAGCUUCCUGGUUGGAAGGUGUUUAGCGAGCAUAAACAUGCAUUCCAUACAUCCCGUUGGGACUACAACUACACAGGCGGGUCUCAGUCGAAGCCAGACCUAACAAAUCUAAAGGGAAAGCGUGUUGCUGUUGUGGGAAUUGGCGCAACAGCUGUCCAGGUUGUUCCUGAGUUAGCCGAAUGGGCUGCUCAUGUGUACGUCAUUCAGAGAACGCCAACGUACGUUGGACCACGCAACCAAAAAUCGACUGUGGAGAAGGAAUGGGAAAACGUUGCAGGUGAGAAGGGGUGGCAGCAUAAGCGCAGGACCAAUCUGAACGCAUACAUGUCGAACAGCACGAGUGGACAAGGACCCGAUUUGAUCCAGGAUGGUUGGACUCAGGCCCCGGCCCUUUGCGGAUUCCUUGGAUCGCGAGAUAUGACUGUCACUUCCGAUCAGAUGCUGGACCAUAUCAAAGCGCUUCAUGAGAUAGACUACCCUCGCACCGAAUUCUUGCGGAAACACGUGGAAAAAGAAGUCGAGAACAAGGAAGUCGCAGAGAAGUUGAAGCCUUGGUACGGCAGUUGGUGCAAACGUCCAGCGUUCAACGACGACUAUCUUCAGUCCUUCAAUAAACCAAACGUGACACUAAUCGAUACCAAUGGAAGAGGUCUCGACGAAUUCUCAGAGAACGGCAUCAUAUUCGAGGGUAAUGAGUACGAAAUCGAUGUCGUCGUCUUGGCAACCGGCUUCGUAGUCACCAACUUUUUAGAUCCUGCUGAGAAGAUAGAUGGCCUUCUACUGGGGCGAAACGGCGUAUCUGUAUCCGACUACUGGAAAGAAGAAGACAGCAAUGUUUUGUUUGGCGUGGCGAUGCCUAAGUUUCCGAAUCUCCUGGGUCGCCUCGGGCGAGGAAGUGGUUCCUCAUACAACUUCACAUCCAUGCUUGAGGUCGAUGCGAAAUUGAUUGCGCACGUCAUCAAGAAAGCCUAUGAGCAAGCAGAACCAGGACAAAAGGUGGUUGUUGAGGCUUCAGAAGAGGGAGCAGAAGAAUGGAGCAACGAGGUCGCGAAGAGAGCAGCAUUUUUUGGUGCGCUACUGCAGUGCACGCCGGGUUGGUACACUCUCGAGGGCGCUGCUUUGCAGACGGAAUCGAUGGAUGACAAGACUUUUGUUGCGAAGAACGCACCAUGGGGCUCUGGACCUGUGGACUUCCAAGAGAGGAUAGAAGCUUAUAUAGCAGCUGGAAGCCUUAGAAGUUUUACUGUUAAGCUAGUGGGAUAA